AUGUACUUGUGGGUUUUAUACCUAAUUUCCUUUAUUGCUGCCUACGCCCUCCUGGCUUACAGGAUCACUAUUGUGGAAGGCACUAUGCGCUAUAUCUACCUGGGAGUUCACUUAUAUGAACUAUGCGGAGCCUUUGCAUGAUUGGUCAUGACAAGCAUCAAUGUUAAAGACCUCCCUGCAUUAUGAAAAUGCUUCUUUUGCCUUCUCCAUGUAAUCUUUAUAGGCACUCCUCUUAUACUAAAUCCUUUUUGUAAAGCUUGGGCACAAGCUGAGGAAGAAGCAGAGGAAGCUCAGGAGAGCAACUUGUGUGUUGAAAUAGCUACAUUUCCUGUAUUGGGAAGUUUGGUGGUUCUUCCAAUACUCUUAGAUAAGGAUGAGGGUCAAGACCAAGCCUUCUGGAUCUGGUAUGGCGCAGCUAUCUGGAUGAUUACUUUCUGCUUCCGUCUUUAUCCUCUCAAGGAGAGACAAGGAAAAGAUAUGGAAGAGAAAGGAGCUUACUUCCUUUAUGAUAAUAAUUUCGAACCAGAAGAAUGUGACAGGGACAAACUCAUGAGUUUCCUCCAUCCAAUUACACUUAUGGUGAUUGCCAUCUUCUUAGUAGCCACUCCAUUCAUCUUGUUCAUUCUUUUCAUAAUAUUCUGUAUCUCUCAAUUACACAAGUGAUGCAAAGACUGAAGACAAAAUGUUCAAGAGAGGAGAGAAAUGAAAGCUAAUCAGAAUCCUGGACCAACUAUAAAAGCCAACAAUUACCCAGGAUCAAGUUAUAAAGCUCAAGACGAUCAAGUCCUGACAGAGUUAGGCCAGCAGCCUCAGAAUUCGAAUUUGCCACCAAUAAGACGAGAUGUGGACCAGACGAAGAAUAACAUGAUGGAGUUUUCCAAUUGUGAUGGGGAAGAAGGCAAAGAGAAUGGUAUUUAUCGAAGACCAGAUGAAUUAGAAAGAGAGAGGGAUCUUGAGAAAGCAAAUGUGGUUGGUGGUCAAAAAGUGGAAGAGAUAGCUGGAGGAGUGAAUGAUGGAGAGAAGAGAAGUGAAGAGGAUUAA